ACUUUACAGGUAUGCCGAAGUUGUACAGCAAGCUGAUACGAUAAGCGCAGUGUCGAUCGAUUGGAAUCAACUCCAGGGAUGCAGAGAACUGCUUAUCGAUCGUAAGGUCAAUGAUAAGGGGACAUAGCGGUUUAUUCGCCACCUUAACGGAGGUGAAGAAAAAUCCGCAGUGCAUACAUUGCAUUCGGCCGGGCCAGACACGACGAGCUGCACCAGUCUUCUAUCUGUCAACAAUGGAUUUGUGGAAAGUUUUCCUAGUGCUUGGCUUAUUCAUUCCGGGUGCCGUGCCAAUCUUCAGACAGGUAGAGGUGGACUACCUCAACGACACCGUCACUCUUUCACCCAUUCAGGUGAUGAUCGUGAGCCUAUUCCUCCUCUUCAUUGCCGUCCUGAACUGGUAUGGUUAUCUGCCCAUCGCCCUGACGCCCAUAUUGUCUCCUUAUGCAUCGCCCACUUCAAUUCCAUAUCCACUUGGCCGGAGUAACCUCGCGGUCGGGCUCAACCAAGGGAGUCCAAUCAGCCAAGUGAUUCCCAUGUCGUCCGUCAAGUACUAUUGGGACAUGUCCAUAGCAUUUGCAACCAUGGAUCCAAAAGUAUGCUUCCAGGAAUUUGUUUGUGAAAUCAAUCGAGCAAGGGAGAAGUGGCAUGCUCUCAAGAACACGCUGGAAGCGGAGGAGCAGGAGGAUGGAAAGAAGUCCGAAUGCAAGACUUUGUACCAGUGUCCAUUUGGAUUUGACAAGAUCGCUCAUCAAAUCUUCGGUCUCAGAAUCCCCACUUCCUAGAAACUUUUCCCGGUAUCAUUGUGAUGGGCGUACGGAAAGACAGAUGGAAUAGGACAGCUGAAUUUUUAUUGCAAGUGACUUGAGUAAUGCGUUGUCGGAAAAAAUCCAACUCACAACCUUCAAACGCAAACUGACCUUAAACGCUGGCUUUCUUAUUACGACCCAAGUGGCCGACUGUGAUCAGUGCAGAGAGAAAUGCUCUCUAAAAUGAAUAAAGAAAAAGUUGCCAAU